CCUCGUAAGGGCAUGGCUUGCUUCAACUGCGGCGAGGAAGGUCAUACCAAGUUGGAGUGCACCAAGCCUCGCGUAUUCAAAGGCCCUUGCCGUAUCUGCAAUAAGGAAGGCCAUCCUGCUCUUGAAUGCCCUGAGCGCCCUCCUGACAUCUGCAAGAAUUGCAAGCUGGAAGGUAAGUACAGACUGACUGUGGUUUAUGAGACUUGGAAACGAUGUUCACUCUGAGCAAUUCAACAGGCCAUAAGACCAUCGAGUGCAAGGAAAACCGCAAGUUCGACCUGAAUCAUAUUCCCGAUCGACUUCCUGAGGAGGCGUGGGCGAUCCUUAAGAAGGCUAGCAUUGAGAGAGACUUGGAAGAUUUCCGCGAAGGGCUCAAAGCCUACUCCAAAGCGGUUCCUGAGGCCAGUUUCCUUGAUAUUGAGAUGAAGAUGCGUGACGAAAACUUUAACAUCUAUCUCAUCGCUAUGGAGAGACAGGUGAGCGAAUGCAUCAGCCUUAUUAACCUCCAGGGCAAACUGAGCUGCACCUAUGCGGUUGGGUUCUUCUUCAGCCCCAAGCCCCAGCGUUCGCACCUGAGAGAGCGCUGGCCCAGAUCUGUUGAAGAGAAUCUCGAGCGUUUGGCAGAUGCCGGUCUUCCAUAUGACAAACAGAUCCCCAAGUGUGCUAAUUGUGGAGAAAUGGGUCACACCGCUCGUGGCUGCAAGGAAGAGAAAGUUGUUGUUGAACGCGUUGAAGUGAAGUGUGCCAAUUGCAACGCUGUCGGACACCGUGUUCGUGAUUGCCUUGAGGAGCGGCGUGACAGAUAUGCCUGCCGUAACUGUGGAUCCCCCGACCACAAGGCCGCUGAAUGUCCCAACCCACGCUCUGCUGAAGGUGUGGAGUGCAAGAGAUGCAAUGAAGGUAGGGUUCUUCUGGCGGCUAUGGUAAACCGGGGAAACUGGAGUUCUAUAUUUACAUAUCUUUUAGUUGGCCACUUUGCAAAGGAUUGUCCUCAGGCGAGGGCCGCAAGAGCCUGUCACCACUGCGGGUAGGCAACGCGAUCAGUUACACGCAGAACACGAGCUAACCCAACAGAUCCGAGGACCACAUAGCGAGAGAUUGCGACCAGCCUCGCGAUGUGUCGACUGUGACCUGUCGUAACUGCUCCGAAGGUAGGUAUACCAUACCAGCUACUAAACCGACAAGUUAGCCAAUUUCUAACGUUUCUCGUUUUUUUUUUUUUUUUUUUUUCUUUGUAG